CGUCCACACGGCGGCAAAUAACACAGCGCGUCAGUUUUGCGAACUUUUACCAACUGACACGGAAACAAAACUAUUUGUUGCCAAUUUGUGGUUUGACUGAAAGGAGGACGCCCGCGGAAAGUUUGCGCUAAAGCGGACUGAGCAACAAAACCGCAAAAAAAAAAACUGUUUUCAUCCUGAAAACGGAAGCGUGGCAGCAUGAAUGAAGAAGAGCUGUUGGAGUACUUCCGCGCUCAGCUGAGGCAGGACCCCGACGUGGCUUCGGCGGUGGCCGCCAUCCGCACGCUGCUGGAGUUCCUCAAGCGGGAUGAAGGCGAGACCCUACUGGGCCUGAGGGAGAACCUGAAGUGGGCCACGGACCGCCUGGCCAGCGUGGACUCGUCCGUGGCCGUGUCUUCUGGCGGCGAACUCUUUCUGCGCUUCAUCAGCCUCACGUGGCUGGAGCACCAGGAACUGUCGUGCUGCAAGAAAGUGAUGGAGGAGCGCGGGCAGCUCUUCAUGGACAAGAUCUCCAUGUCCAGGGGCAAAGUGGCCAAGCUGUGUCACACCUUCAUCAAGGACGGAGCCAAAAUCCUGACGCACUCGUACUCCCGGGUGGUCUUGAGGGUGCUGGAGAAGGCGGCGGCCGAGAAGAAACGUUUCUCCGUCUUCGUCACCGAGUCGCAGCCCGACGGCGCCGGGCGACUGAUGGCCGAACACUUGAGAAAACUCUACGUUCCCGUCACGGUUAUCUUGGACGCCGCUGUUGGGUACGUGCUGGAGAAGGUGGAUCAGGUCAUCGUGGGCGCAGAAGGCGUGGUGGAGAGCGGCGGCAUCAUCAACAAGAUCGGCACCUACCAGAUGGCGGCGUGCGCCAAAGCCCACAACAAGCCCUUCUACGUGGUGGCCGAGAGCUUCAAGUUCGUGCGCCUCUACCCGCUCAACCAGCAGGACGUGCCCGACAAGUUCAAGUACAAGGCGGACACGUUGAAGACUCACUCCAACCUGUCGGAGGAGCACCCCCUGGUGGACUACACGCCGCCCUCGCUCAUCACGCUGCUCUUCACCGAUCUCGGCGUCCUCACGCCGUCCGCAGUCAGCGACGAGCUCAUCAAGCUCUAUUUGUAAAA